UUCCUGCUUCAGUAAAAGAGCUGCGCGCGAAAACUCAGGACUGCUCUGGCACUGGCACGUUAUAUACAGACCAUGAUUAAAUUCUUUACAAAUUCUCAGCGGUUUGCAACUUUGCGUUUUGUUUAGUUUUCAGAAGGCUGACAGUGCUAUUGUGUGUGUGCUAGCCACUUCGUUUUCAGCCGUUAAACAGUUUAACUUAAACUCGAAAACAUCUGCGAAUCGACGCUUGUUUGGACUGCAGACUCCGCAAUCAAGGCGCUUCUCAUUGUCGUAAGCGUACAUAAUUUAUGGGUCUUGAACACAGCUUACGGUAACAUCGAACGAGGCUGGCUGAAGUGUGAACUUCUAGAUUUUUGAAGUUUUUGUCUUCUGGUGCAAACAACAAACCCCUUCGAAUGGAUGUCGUGAUUUCUGCCGAAGAGGAGCGUAACGGCCGUAACCUGUCGACGAUCGUUGUGGAGCGCGAUGUGAAAAGCCCUGUCAGCGAUAUAUCAGCAGGCGACCGCUCAACCGACGAGAAGCUCACUCCAUCAGUAGCCGAUACGAGCACAUCCAGCGAGGACUCUGGCAGAAUUUCCAGUACUGGUUCCAGUCCCAUAAAAGGCGAGGUCAAUAGUGCGAGAGAUAUAGAUAGUGAGGAGUUGGAGAAUAAUGGGCUACCGAGGAUUUCUACGGGGACCGAAGCCCAGAUUGCGAAGCGGAUGAUCAUUCGACGAGAAGAGGAUGGUGCCCACGUGGUACUCGUGGGCAGUGUCUCGGUCCUGGAUCCAAUGAAAUGUCCUUAUACAUACGAUCCCGAACUCGAGUGCGCCGCUCCCUUUCUUCGCUCGCAGCCCGACUAUCUGAAGUAUCAUUUCCAAUCAGUACACCGACUACAGAAUGUGCGGAUUAAUUUGUUGUGUCCCUAUCUACGGGAAAAAGAUGGCGGCGUUGAGUGCCGCGCCAUUGUGUAUGAUCCGCAGGGGUCUAGUUGUAUGUUGGGAGGACAUGUUAGUAAGCAGCAUCCGGUCUUUCGGGAUAAAAUGAUGACCGCUCUGGCAUAUCGGAAUGCGGAGGAAGACCAAAGGCGUGAAUUACUGGGAGCAGACUUCGAUUACUUGAAAACAUGCCACAGAGAAGUUCUGCCGGAUUGGAUCUACAGUGCGGAGAAGGAGGUGAAGUUUCCCAGUUUGCGCAUUCCGGAAUCUCUUGACAUGCCGAUUGUUAUUGUGGAUAAGGACAAGCUGGGGUUUGUUUGCAAUCGGUCACCGUGUCAGGAGGAGCGGUUUCCAAACCGUUCAGCCAUAUUCGACCAUUUCCAGGCUGAACAUCGUAUUCAUCCUUUACAAACGACUGUAUACGAAGUAUGCCCUGCUGCCAGUCAGGGCUGCACUGUGAAGCAGAAUGGACCAGGUGCUAUGCUGGAAGAGCACAUCCAGUUCGCGCACCCGACGAUGCUAGGUCUGCCCGCGGAGUUUGCGGAAAAAGCGUUGCAGAAAUGGAAGCAGUUUGAAGAGCAGGCCAGAUCCGGGAUGGAAUGUUCAGGAAGAAACUUCACUAUUGUUCGGCAACAAGAAGUUGGGAAUGGAGUUGAUCCCGGGUGUUUCUACGAAUGGUACUGCCCUGUAGAGGGGUGCUGCCAGUGUUAUGGGCGAGAAAGCAUGUUGAUGUGGCACAUUGGUGUUCAUCACAAGGAUAAAUGAAACGUGAAGCGAUUAUUGUUGCUUAUCUGGUUGCUCUCUUCGUAAGUGGAGCCUGUCCGGCUCUGCGUCUGAUUCUCCGGCGUAUUAUUGCAGUUGGUGCCAGAAGAUGUUCCUUCGGUUAGGUUUACCUUUUUUUAUCUUCAGUUUACACUUUACGGUUUUCCAUUUUUCGGAUGUACGGAUACAAUACAGUAAGACGUCUUUUUUAAAUGUAGACAAGUACUUAAUGCCGCGUUGGAAUGAAUGUGCAGCAGUACGUUAGCACGCAGCAACACGAUGCGAUUUAACGACAGUUGAGAAAAUAAAAACAAGA